GCAAGUUGCAAAAUUACAACAAAAACGUCAGGCUGAAUUGGUGGCUUCUGAAGAAGUGACAGACAAACGAAAAUCAAAAGCUGCAUUACAUCUAGAAUCUCGUUUAGAGCGUUUAAUUAAAGAAAUGGAUACUAUGGUAGAUAGACUAAACGAUAAACGUACCCAACUGUUAAAAGAUAUUGAAGUUUUUGAAAGCCAUAUAAAUGAAUCAACUGAAUCAAAGGAACGGUCUAAGAUAAUGGAUCAAAUCAAAGCAGAUCAUGAUCGUAUGGUAGACAUAAAUGAUUUGUUGAUUUCUUUGAAACGUAUUCAAAACAUUCCUGAUGAUACACGUUGGGAAAAGAUCUUGAAAGUUUUAGAUGAGGAUCAUGAUGGAAAAAUCGAGUUGAAUCAUAUAUUGUCUGUUAUCGAGCUUCUCGGUUCAGAGAAUGUGAAACUAUCCGGCAAAGAAAUUGCACGCGUUCUUGAAAUGAUUGAUAAUGAACAUUUGGCAAAAGCGAUCCCUACAGAAGAGUUGAAAGCUGAUAAAAACCGUUUAAAAUCAUCCGUCGAUGAUUCUUCUCAGGUCACUUCAAAGUAGAGGAGUGUUUGAU